AUCCUUCGUCUCUUGCCAUCACAUAUCAACUGACACGCUCGUUAUUCUAGUAGCAAGGAAGGGAAGAAGGAACAGCUGAGAACAUACAGUACCCGCCAGGAAGGAACAAUGGCGAUACACCCAGAACUGGACGCCGAUCGCGCUCAGGCAUUGCCACCUGCCACUUCCAUCGAACGCGUUGAAGCAUGGACAGUUUCCCAAACCGCCGACGCACUGGCAGCGACCUCGAUCUCGAGCCCUUCUCAUCGUCUUUCACGUGGUCCAAGCGUUGUCAUCGACAUUCCUCUCGACGAACAAGCGUUGCUCGAGGAGCAGCCCAGACCCAGAACCGAGCCUGUGCAUACCGUGUACAAGAGACGAGAACCGAUCAGAAGAGACAGCAUAAAGCGAAGGGAAGCGCUGCUCAAGGGCAAAGAAGGGAGCCGCAGGCGGCAGCGUUGGGAGAAUGAUCGCUUGCUGAGCAAUCCCCACGCUGAGCCACCACUUCCAAGCGACUGGCAGGUGCAGCCCACGCAUACAGUACAGAACGUGCCUUAUUUCCUUGCCCCGCUGUGGGACGCGCAGUAUGCCAAAAAGUCGGCAGAACGGCAACGGCGCGUGGCAGCAGCAAAAGCUCCAGCCAGUAAAGAGGAAGCUGUAGCAGCACAAGUCACCUCUGAGCUGCGGGCGAAGCUGAAGAAGUCGCGUGGUGCAAAGACCCUUCUGCAGGACUUAGAGGAAGAGAUUCGCGGGUUUGUGAGCCAGUGGGAUGAGAAACAGAAAGAAUUGGAACACGAAGGCUUGAUUGAGCCCGACAGCUCGGACGAUGAGAUCGUCUUCGUGGGCCGAAAUGGUGCGAUGAGUGACGAUAAGCGGAAGGAGAAGGACGCGAGACACCUGCAGAAGGACAAGCUCAUAUUUCAAGGGCUUGUUGAUGACCAUGGAGCCGCUUUUGGCCGCUACUUGGUCCACUCAAUCGCGUCAUAUUACGGUUUGAAAACAUGGUCUGUCACAACGGGCAGUCCUGCGCGUCGCGAAGCAUAUGUUGGACUCAAAGUCGAUCCAACUACUCGAAGGCCGAGCUUGACGCGUAGCGAGCUGCCACGACCAUUGUGGACAGUGGUGUGAUUGCAGCUGUUAGCAUCUUGAUUCCUGAUUGUUCGAAUACAUUUAGACACUCGCGAAGUUGAUAACAGGCAGCAGCGCGGGUUG